GCAAUUAAGGCAUAACCUAAGUUUAAUAUGAGGUGCGAUGGUUCUACUCCUUCUUAGUAUUUUUCUUUGUCUUCUUCGUCUAUAAAAACAUAUAAAUACGAAUGAUGAAAUAUUAUAUAAUCCGUACUGUGACAGAACUUUGGAAUCCCCGAGGCUUCUUUCAAUGACUUCUAUGAUUUUAAAGAAAUUCCAGUGACACAUCCACUAUUCAAGUACACUCACGUACAUAAUGAGCAUACAGUGAAGAAACUACAACAGAACAGACUCAUCUAUUCAGCGACCGAACGAAUAUUACUGAGAUCACAACCAAAUAUGGAGGCCAAAUUGGUCGCAGUUGGUGCGUUUUUGACAUGCGUAGUGGGGACAGUCGGGCGACCUUGUGCCGCCAACCUGAGAGAGUACGUGUACGUCCGGUAUGGUCAAUAUCAAGAGCUGCAGUGUUGUGAUCUCGACAAUGCCGAACUAUUAGACACCCUCUGGUAUAAAUAUGACGAAGAAUCUCAGUCAUGGGAACUUCUAGAGCCGGAGAGAUCCGACAUUCUAUUUUUGGAACGUAAUUCCACUAUUGCAUUCAAGCAUGUGGAUUUUUCCGACACCGGGCGAUUAAAAUGCACGCGCACUGCCGGAAAUUCAGUCCAACCAGACGACUCCGGGACAGAGUUCGAUAUUAAAGUCGUCGCAUGUGACCAGCUAGCGCGUGGUCCGUUCCCAAUAGCGCCAUUGCCCUGCGGUGUGACGUCAGCAAAAGUGGGUGAUCAUGUGACGAUCCCGUGCACCGGAUAUUUCGGUUGCGAUCAAGAUGACGUCAGAAUCGUGACAUGGUUCAUGAAAGCCAAGGCGAGCGACAACAGCUCGUGGGAACAAGUUUCUGCGGCAGACGACAGAAUCACGCAAACACAGAUCGAUAGUCACGACGGCGUAUUGGCGUCAAAUUUGACCGUCUCCAACGUCGAAGCUCUGGACACAGAGCUUGAGUUUAUGUGCAUCCUCUACUCUACACAGUACAUCGAGUGUCAGUCGAAAGUGUUCACGUCACUCGACGUCGUGAAGGAUUGCGCGACAGUGAUGUGCGGUUCAAUUCCGCUUCCGGUGAUACUCAUACCUGCUGCAGCAGCGUUAGUCGUCGCAGUGACGGUGACAUUUCUAACAAUAUGUUUGUGUCGACUAAAAGCGAGGAGGAAGUUAAAAUAUUCGUCAGACGGAAACGUUCUUGACGCCACACGGUUUAUUUAUAAACAGCACGCUACCAGCGACGCAGUGAAGCCGAGUCUUGUAUGACCACAGUAUUUCUCCUAUGGUGUAUCGAAGAUCUUUUUAGUAAAUCUUAAGUGAUUUUGCAGUUUAAAACAUAGUCGCUUAAUAUGAUCAGUAUGUUAUCGAUAUAAAAGGGUUUGUGAAAAUUGACAUCGAACUAAGAAAUCUGGGCUCAAUGCAUGUGAAGAUGGUGUCGUCCCAAAUAAUCUAAUGCAGUCCGCACAGGCUAAUCAGGGACGACACUUUCCGCCGUUAUAGAAUUUUUCGUUUCAAGGAAGUAUUUUAUAGUCGAAAAUCCACUUGUCGUCACUGGUUAGUUCGUGCAGACUGCACAGGCAAAUCUGAAACGAAUCUUUCAUUUCACGCGCAUCUAACCCAUAUUUUCCAGAUCGCCGCUGAAUUAAAAAACAAUACUUAUACAAUUUCGUCAUUGCAGUUGUAAUAUAUAUUGGUACUUCGGACGUGUGCUGCUCUGAAAAUAUGGUAUUGUGAAUUUAACCUACGAUACUCAACAUUAUCAUUUGUACGGUAUUGACGUUCGCAUAAAAUAUUUAUUAAAAUUACAUAAAUAUUCAAUAGACAGGCGUUACAACCUAGCACUGGACUGGUCACUGUUCAAUUACGUUUUAAGCAUGCGUCCAUGGCAACUUAAAAAAGUGCAUAUAUAUAACGGAUUGUUUUAUUAAUUUUAUGCUUUAAGCGACUGACUAAAUUUAGAAUCUCGAUAACGUAAUAUAUCAAUCACACAUUGAUAUCAAUCAAAGCCAUAUCAGAAAAACGUCUCCUUUUACUUGAAUGUGUCAUUUGUUGUAUGAGCCUUGUUCUGGAAAAAAAAAACCGACUAAAUGUAUGUGCGAAAAGUGUCGACCAAGGUUAUACUGUGCAGUCCGCACAGGCUUAUCUGUGACGACACUUUCCGUCUACACUGGAUUUUCGUUAAGAAACCUCGUUUUAACGAAACAAUCCAUAAACGCGAAAAGUGUCGUUCCUGAUUACUCACAGACUAACCUGAGAAGAAACUGUACGCACAUGCAUUAAGUGUUUCAAGAACACGACCCAUAUAAUGAUAUAUUGAAACAGAUGUAUACAUUCUGAAUUUUGCCUUAAAUCGUUUCUGCAUUGAUUGUUAAAAUUGUUAAUAUAUGGUUAUACACAUUAUACCUAUGUUGAUAUACAUUUGUAAUUAUAUUACAUAUAAAUGAAUUUGUUCCAUGUUAUGUCGUAAGUUUAUUUGAAAAUAUGUAUACAUGUUCGUGCAUUUUAUGAUUAAUAUUUUACACAAUAAAUAUAGCAAAGUAUCUUAAAUUAUGAAUUGGUAUAAUUGUAUUAUGUAUUAAUGAGUGUUUAUACGGACACACGUGUUAGCUUAUUAUUUUACUCCCUAAACUUCUUUUUGAACACUUACAACAUUCCAAAAGCCUGCCUGAAAAAUAUUGUUUAAAAAGUCAUAUAGUUCAGAAUAAUAAUGUUUUUAUUUGUUCUCUUUAAAUUAUACAGCAUCUUUUAAGCUGUGAUUUCUCUUAAGGAUAUAAUACAGCUUUUUACUUGAAUGUUCUAUGUUAUUUCUGAAGCUGCUAUCUUAUGUUUUAGCUUGCUUUAUAUAUGUUCCUAUAUGUACUGGGGUGUCUUGUUUAUGUUAAAUGUGUUUUAUGUUCCUCGGGUUUCCUAUUUUAACUACUUUUCAUUUUUAAUGUUUGUCCUUUCAUGAUUGUAUGCUUUGUACAAUAUUUAUUUAUUCAUUACUAAGCUCAAUAGAACUUAAUUUGUCUGAUAUUUAAAUACAUGUAAACGCUAGUCUUUUAAAGUAAUAUUAAGUUACCUCUAGUCUUUUAAAGCAAUACUUUAUUCAUACUCAUAUUCGCUGUUGUUCUCAACUACAUGAUUGUUAUAAUUAUGUUUCAUUGUAUGUGCUAUAUAUCAUGCUGUUAUCAUGCAAUGUAAUGUGUAAGUCGGCUUUAAAAGCUCUACAAAGCUUGUGUUGUGUCAUGCUUGAAAUACCCGACCUUAUAAAUAAAUAU